AUUUGUGACUUUUCAUAAACAGGCGUCGUCGAGCCGCCGGCAGACCUCAGACCUCUCUUUCUCUCUCCGAUCAGAUCAGAUAAACUCCUUCAUCUGCCCUAAUAUCUCCUUCAGAUGUCGCUAUCCAGAGUUGCUUCAAGACUCUCCAGGACCUACCCUUCCUUCCACGCCGUCCGCCGCCACACCCAACAAAGAUACCUCUUUUCUGCACCGACCAAUCAUAUUCACACUCAAAACAAGGUUGUUCCAUGGCAGAUAUCUGCAAUUCGUCAGUCUUUCCUUUCCUUUCAACAAUUUGGAUUUUCAUCAACCGCAUCACCCCAACAUAAUGAGAAGGAGAAUGUAGCUGCAAAAGCAAACGAGGAUGCUAAAGUUUCUGAUCAAACUGAAGCUUCUAAGCUUCAAGAAGGUCAAGAUACUGAUCAGGAUUCAGACUCUGAUCAGGAGCUAACAAUGGAGGAUAUGGUGAAGCUUGUUACAGAGAAGGAAGAACUUCUAAAGGUGAAACAGAAAGAGAUUGAGAACAUGAAAGAUAAAGUUCUUCGUUCUUAUGCUGAAAUGGAGAAUGUCAAGGAGCGGACAAGACGGGAAGCAGAAAAUGUGAAGAAGUUCGCCAUACAGAAUUUUGCGAAAGGCUUACUGGAUGUUGCGGACAACUUGAGUAGGGCGUCUUCAGUUGUAAAAGACAGUUUCUCCAAAAUCGAUACAUCCAGCGACAGUUCUGGAGCUGUCCCCCUUUUGAAAACAUUACUGGAAGGUGUUGAAAUGACUGAGAAACAGCUUGCAGAGGUGUUUAAAAAGUCGGGAGUGGAAAGAUUUGACCCGACAAAUGAGCCUUUUGAUCCUAACAGACAUAAUGCAGUUUUCCAAGUGCCUGAUGCUUCUAAGCCUCCUGGGACUGUUGCAGUUGUUCUGAAGGUUGGAUAUAUGUUGCAUGAACGAGUUUUACGGCCAGCUGAAGUUGGUGUGACAAAUGUUCCGGAGGAUGAUGAGUAAAGCUAAGGAAUGACGAUGAUAUAACAAAACAAAAUCAGUUUUUUGUUCGAUAAGACCCUCUGCCAUGUAAGAAACCCUUAGUGUUUGUUUAUUGUAGUGCGAUUUUGAGUCUAUUUGCUUGGUGUUAUGGAGAAUAAUGAGCUGGUGGUCUAAACAACCGGUUCCAGUGUUCCACUACUGUAACCUACAGUAGGAAUGCCAAGGAAUUCUUAAAUUUAUCUCAUGUUCAUCUUUACUACGACAUACUUUCUUUCUCACACGCAUUCUUACUAGUAGAAAAUCAUAGGCUGAAAUGGAAGAAUGAAAUUUAGUCGAA